AUGUGCUGGUCAGCAGAGGUUGCGGGCACUUUCUCUGCUUUGCAGUUUGGUGUGUUCGUCUAUCUCUUCAUCCGCAACAAGCACUACGACAGAUGGUAUUGUCUGUCUUUGGCCCCGGUGAUGACACAGGAGUUUUGCCAAAUGAUGUUGUGGCUCAACGUGGGAGAGUCCUUGUAUUCCUGCAAUGACUCCAACAAGGCCUGGUCCAUCGCAGCCGCCAUGUGCUGGCGAUUCGUGACCUCGGGCUUCUAUUUGACAGCUUUCUCAAAGCUCUACAACGAAAGGUGGCGGAAGAUUGUCUUUUUCAUCGUCACGUGCUUGGCCGUGUCAGGCUACGUUGCAGACAUAGUGAAUCGCAUUUGGGGCAUUGAACACUAUUGCAGCUACCCUGGCCUUUGCGGCCACUUGUUGUGGGGUCCCGACACCGACACGAGCAUCUUCGAUCCAUGGGUGCAGGUGGUGUACUACCUCACGUACCUGGGACCUUUGCCCGUGUUGGCCUUCCUGGGGAAGUUCGAUGAUCUUCGGUCACUUCCAUGCUGCAAGGACAGCACCAAGGGAUAUUGGUCUGGUCUGGGGAUCGUGGUGAUCGGUGUCGGCACCUGGGCUCCCACAUUUCUCUACUUCAAUGUGGUAGCCAAAGACCGCUGCGACGCGGCGGAGUGGAGCUCCAUGCGUCUCUACACGCUGCUCGUGGAUCCUGCGUGGACACCCGCCGCCUCGAGCGCGGAGUACGAUGAGGAUCGGCAGGGGCCAGCUCGGGUGCCGCCUUUGGAAGUGGAGGAGCCGCUGGCUUUGCUGCGAGCGCGAGCGGCGCGCCUCCCGAGAACCAAGGGGUCAUUUCCUGAUCUCGGUGCGGAGCUGGCGCAGGCGCGCGCCACGGUGGUGGAGCACCGCAAGGUUAGCGACCUGAUGCAAAUGUGGGAGGAGCGGAUCCACAAGCAGGCGCAACACUUUGAUGCCUUUGCGGAGCAGGUCCUGCGCUUUGACUGCGACCUCAUCGCCAAUGCCGCGAAGGUCAAGGUGCUCCGGGAAGAGCACGGCCAGCUGAAGGGGCGCCAGGAGUUGGUGGACCGGUCGUUGCAGCAGAUUUGGGACCAGCAGGACUCGCUGGGCCGAUUGCUGUCUGGGAUGUUGGAGGCGUUGCGGCCACAACAGCAGCAGCAAGCAGAUGAGGCUGCCGGCAAUGCCGCCGCGCCGGCACGGAGCCACCAGAGGGCCCUGCAGCUCACGCUGCAGCUGGAUGAGCUGGAGCGGCAGGCGGAAGAUUUGGCGCGUGAGACUGGCAAAGUGCAGUCGAACCUUUACAAGGAGCCGCUGACCACGGUGGUCCGGGUCUUGGACGCCCAUGCAGGGGCACUGGACGCCAUUUCCACGCAGGUCACCUCGGUCAAUCAGCGACUCCAAGAUAUCGAGCGAACCAUGUGA